AUGAGUUUCAUCCUAGAAAGUCUUGGACAGCUCUGCAAGCUUGUUGUGUUAGAUAUCUCAAACAACCCAUGGGAAGGUGUCAUAACUGAAGCUCAUCUCAUGAAUCUUUCCAGCUUGGAGGAGUUUUCUAUCGGUAACCAAUUCUAUAACAUUUCAAUGGUUUUCAAUAUAAGCCCUAAUUGGAUACUUCCUUUUAAACUCCGACGCCUCAACAUCAAAUCAUGCCAAUUGGGUCCUAAAUUUCCAGCUUGGCUUCAAAAGCAAAAUCAUCUCAUCACAUUGGUACUCGAAAAUGCUAGCAUUUCUGACAUCAUUCCUGAUUGGUUUUUCCAAUUGGAUUUGCGGCUUCAUAAUCUAGAUUUUGCUCAUAAUAACAUUAGUGGCAGGGUACCAAACAAAUUAAUGUUUUUUCCUAGUUCGACCAUGGAUUUGGGUUCAAACCAAUUUGAUGGUCCUCUCACACUGUUUUCAUCAAACAUUUCCACAUUGUCGUUAAAUAACAAUAUGGUUUGUGGAUCAAUCCCUUCUGACAUUGGCAAAGAAAUGCCCAUUGGAAACAUUCCUCCAGAAUUUUAUGGCCUUUCCAUGCUUCACAUCUUAGAUCUAUCACGCAAUAAUUUGUCAGGUCAUAAUCCACAUUGCCUGGGUAAUUUGAGUAAGAUGAAAUCUGGUUGGAUAGAGCUUGAUGGCUUUCUAGCGGCAUCAACUAAGGGAAGUUUGAAGAUGGUGAGGAAAAGAAGGGAGAUGGAAUAUAACUACUCCAUACUCUACCUUGCUGAUAGUAUUGAUCUGUCUGAUAAUAACUUAUCAGGGGAGAUUCCUGCGGAGUUAACAAGUCUCAUAAAACUGCAAACUCUGAAUUUAUCAGCAAAUCAUUUGACAAGGAAGAUCCCAGCAAACAUAGGUAACUUGACAAUGCUAGAAACUCUUGAUCUCUCAAGAAACAAAAUUUUUAGCCCAAUUCCAGUCAGCAUGACUUCUUUGACAUUCCUGAAUCAUUUGAACCUCUCGUACAACAACUUGACUGGAAAAAUCCCAACUGCUAACCAGUUCUUAACCUUUGAUGAUCCAUCAAUCUAUCAAGGCAAUGCCGGCCUAUGUGGAAAGCCUUUCGACAAUGAUUGCUUGAGCAGCAGUCAAUUUGGUACUUCAAGAGGAGAGAAAGAAGAGAAAGAUGAUGAUGUUGAGGAUAAGACACAGGAGGUAGGCUUCUACAUCAGCAUUGUACUAGGCUUCAUUGUGGGGUCUUGGGGUGUUAUUGGCAGCUUGAUCAUUAACAAGUCUUGGAGAUAUACCUAUUUUGGGUUUGCUCAAAGAGUGAAUGAUACUUGUUUUGUACUGUUUCAUAGAAUGUUUAGAGGAAGAAAUGUAGCGGAGUAG